AUGAAGGGCUUCUUCCAAAAAGCUAAAGCUGAGCUGCAAGGCAUCACGCAGCAGCUUGACUCUAACGCGGCUUAUUCGGGAUCAACGGAACCAUCGCCAAACCAACAACGAGACUCUUCUGAUGCAGGACAUCAUUUGCGCAACAAUAUUCGAGAACCGACGACUCUGGAUAUCAUGCGUUAUCGCUAUCAUCAUGGCACGAAUCUCGGCUCCGUGUAUGUGAUCGAACGCUGGCUCCAGCCGUCGCGGUUCCCAGACGGCGCGGAAGGGUCAAGUGAGCUCGCAGCCGUAAAAGCGUGGGUCGAUAAGAUCGGCUUGGACGCUACGCAACGAAAGUAUGAAGACUACUGGGAUACCGCAAUUACCAAGGAGGACAUACAAUGGCUCGUGAACAAAGCCAAGUGCACGACCAUCCGGCUGCCCAUUGGAUAUUUCGAUCUGCCAGGGCGCAAAUUUACGCGCGGAACCCCUUUUGAACCGUACGCCCAAGUUUAUAAUGGAGCCUGGUACAGCAUUCGCAAGCUUAUUGCUCGUCUGCGAGAGCACUCCAUUGGCGUACUAAUCGACUUGCACGCACUCCCAGGCGGCGCCAACAACCAGGAGCACUCAGGCACCAACAGCGGUCGUGCAGAGCUUUGGAGUUCCACUUCGAAUCGUGCGCUCGGAGUGAGCUGUUGCGAGUUCCUUGCUCGAGAUGUUCAGACCGGUUCCAACCUUGUAGGCAUACAACUUGCCAACGAAGCUGAGUGGGACGCGCCAGGUAUGUAUGAGUGGUAUGAUCAGUGUAUAUCUGCCAUCUCAGCGGUCGAUUCCAGCAUUCCAGUCAUCAUAUCAGAUGGCUGGAAUCUGAACAAGUCUAUCAAGUACUCACUUGGCAAGAAUUCGGUGUAUGCCAAGCAGCCAACGGCACCAGUUGUCAUCGACACACACUACUACUGGGCUUUCACUGACGAGGACAAGAAAAAGUCUCCUCAAGAAGUCACCAGUGAGGUCUAUUCGAAACUUGACGAGCUCGAUGGUAAAGAGGGCUCCGUGAUUGAUCGAGGCGCCUCACAGGUCAUCGUUGGCGGCAGUUUCUUCUGGACAUGGAAGAUGGACUGGAUGCCGGGUGGCGAAUGGGGGUUCAGGGCGCAAACCGAUGCGGGGAAUAUCGUGCCGCCCAAGCACGCAAUUCUUUCACAGCAAAAUAAGAUUACACUACUCCAGAAAGCGAUCCGAGAACGUGAUGCUCGACUACAUGGUGCUCGGGAGGCGCACGUCACAUACUGGCGUCGCGCGGACCCCAAUGGCAAGUACGAACAUGAAAAGUAUGAGCACGGAUGGCGAGUUGGUUACCAAGACGCUUUUGCAUUCCUCGAAGGGCGUGCAACCCAAGGAGACCGGAUUGGAAUGCUGGAAAUGUGGGUAUUGAAAAGAUUGAGAGACAGUGGUUACCGUGGCGGCCUCACGUGGCAAUUCGAACACGGCUUGAGAAAAGGCAUCCAGGAUUUCUACAACGCUGUUGAACUUUGA